UUUGAUCCGAUGCUCGUCUCGCACUGUUCCUGGCUCAACUUCGCCAGAGAAAAAUGUGUUUUGAUUGAAUAAUCACCGGUUCGCAGUGCAAGUUUUUUAGAAAAAUCGUCGAAUAACAGUGAAAUAAUACCUCGUUGUCCCGUGCAGUGCAGUGAACAUGAAUCAAGCAGAGGUGGCCAAACUGAUGUCGCAGCUGAAAAUAGCCGUUCGUCCGCGCCAUCGCAAUCUGAAAAACAUUGACGGGCCGGAGGGAAGGCUGAACAAGUUGCGCAAAACCGUCACGGCAUUGGUGAAACACGAACGAAUCGAACUGAACUAUCAGAGGGCGGAUGAGGCGCGUGGUUACGCAGAACGGCUAAUUUCGGAUGCCAUCCGAUACGGGGACCGGCACCAGCCAACGAUGGAAAUGGCCGACUUCUGGCUGACGGAGAAACAGCUGGUGCACAAACUGUUCAAAGUGUUGGCGCCGCGCUUCGAAGAGUACAAAGUAUCCGCCACCAGAAUGUACAAAGCGCCGAAGGAAUACCCCGGAUGGUACCGGAAGCGGGCCGUGCUGGAGCUGAGGGGGAAUCCGUAUCCGGCUUUGGUGCAAAAUCUCCAUCAAAACCGGAACCUGCUGCACAACGUUCUGCUGGAUGAGGCUCGGAAGGACUUCCGGAAGGAGAAGUACGCGGAAAUUGCGGCCCAGAUUGGUGCGGAGCCGGCGAAAGAAACCAGUGAAAGUGAAGAGAAGAAAUGAAGGGACGGGUGGAUAGGUUAAUCGGUAACAAAAUAGAACUAAUGCGAAUGGUUGCAA